AUUUUUAAACGCGUAACAAAAUAACUAUAUAAUGGAACUAUAUCUACUGAUGUAUUUCUAACCAUUAGAAUCCCAACCUUGUAAGAGAUCAAAAGAGAACAAUGGGCGAAAGAGGAAGCUCAUUGUUGGCAAAACUCGUCUUGAUCCUUAGUUUUGCGGUUGUAGCUCUUGGAAGUAAUACCGUUACUAAUCUAAAAGCCUUCUAUUUGGUGCAGCAGUGGCUAGGAUCGUACUGUAAUCAAGCGGAUACAAAAUGCUGCUACCCUCCAUCAGGGAAACCAAGUCCUGAUUUUACUAUUGAUGGGCUAUGGCCUUACUCUGGUGAUGGAAACUUCGCCUACAAUUGUGGUGACGACAACUAUGAUGUUGGUCGGAUAAAAUUCUUGCAGGACGAGCUACGAAAAUCGUGGCCAUCCUUCACAUGCCCACAAAUCGGGAGGAAGUUUUGGGUGCAUGAAUGGAACAAGCACGGAACAUGCACUAAAUCAAUUUUAGGAGAGAUCCCUUACUUGGAAGCCGCUUUGAACCUCAAGAAGCAAGCCAACAUCUACCAAGCCCUUGCAAAAGCCGGUAUUACACCGGGCAACAAGUUUUACUCUCUUAAGGACAUCAAGAGGGCUCUAGCUCGAUCCAUCGGGUUUCACCCAUGGGUUAGGUGUAAUCACAAUGCUCAAGGACAUAGCCAAAUUUGGCAAGUCUCAUUUUGUGCAGACAAAACCGGGACGCACCUUAUUGAAUGCCCUUUCAUUCCUGCGGGACGUAACGAUUGUGCAUCUCAUAUCCAGUUACCCCCCUACUAUUAAUUGUACAAUACGUACCAAGCUAAGCUAGGAUAUUUAUUGUGCUCACUUACUUGCAUUAGAGCUCUUUGAUUAUUAUGUUUUUCCAUGCACCUUUCAAAUAAACUUCAAUUAUCAUAAUUUGUUGAUCAUUGUACUCAAUCCGGUAUUGUGAAUAAUUCAAUCCGGUCAAUUUAUGUGAUAUUGUCUUUGCUAGUCAAUUUAAUCAUGUGACGGUCUUUGUUAGUCCGUUUAAUUA